AUGCCACCCAGUCGGGCGGGCGUCGUUGCGCCUGCUCUGCCAGUUUUUUCGGUGAUGGCGCUUCCAGUGCUCGAGAAUCGCACGUGCGCCGUCGUCCCGCCCGGCGGCGCCAACAGCAGCAGCAGCGAGCCCUUCAGCGAGGAGGAGGCGGGCACCAGCACCUUCAUGGUGGGCGUGGUCCUCUCAGUCAUCGCCGACGUGAUCAUCGCCGUCUCGCUCAACGUGCAGAAGACGGCGCACAUGCGCAACGAGGGCGCCGACGGAAAGCCCGUCAAGGGCAUGCUCAAGCUGCCGCUCUGGUGGCUCGGCCUCCUGCUCAAUGUCGGAGGCGAGCUGGGCAACAUGCUCGCCUACGGCUUUGCGCCCGCCUCGGUCGUUGCUCCAGUCGGGUCGGUGGGCGUGGUCGCCAACGAGGUGAUCGCUGUCCUCUUUCUCAAAGAGCCGUUCCGCUGGCGGGAUGCCGCUGGGCUGGUCGCCAUCGUCGGCGGCGUCGUGCUCAUCAUCGUCGCCGUGCCGGAGGAUCCGGUGGACCUCAACGCCGUCGUGCUGCAGCGCGAGUACUACGCGCGCCCGGCGGCGUACGGCUACCUGAUUGGGCUCUGGUGCGCCGUCGUCCUCUUCCUCGUCCACGUCGAGCCUCGGUACGCCCAAAAGAGCGUCCUGGUCUGGCUUCUCCUCUGCUCGAUGAUCUCCUCGACGACCGUCAUCGCGGCGCGCGGCUUCUCCUCCAUGCUCACGCAGGCGGUCGGCGGCGACUGCGCCGGCGCGCACUGCGUCGGCGACGAGCUCUUCCCCCCGUGCCGCCUCACCCUCGCCCACUACCUCUUUUGGGUCCUCCUCGCCAUCAUUGUCACCACCGCAAUCUGGUCCGCCUACUUCCUCAACAGGGCGAUGAUGAUCUUUGGCAACACCGAGGUGGUGCCCGUCUACUACUGCACCUUCACCCUCGCCUCCAUCGUCGGCGGAGGGGUAGUGUACCGCGAGUUCAGCGGCAUGCCGUGGCAGCAGUGGCUCCAGUUCCUCGCCGGCGUGGCGCUCGCCCUCGGGGGCGUGCUCGCCAUCACCUCUGGGCGAGGCAAGUCCGCGCGCGGAGGAGGCGCAGUUCUGCCAGAGCCGUCCGAGCAGGAGCAGCCGGCCGAGCUGCCGGCUCCCGAGGCGGGAGGGGGGCGUCGCGCGGAGAGGCUGGCGAGGGCGAGGGCGCACAAUCAGGCGCGCCCCUGCUCCUUUCCCUCCACCGCGUGUGCACGUGGCGCGUGGAGUGAGGAGAAGGCGGCCGAGCUGCGGCGGCAGUCUCGCGGCUCGUUCGCCGCGCCCGUCGGCGGGAUCGGCUCGGCGCACUCCUCCUUCCGCCGCGACGACCGCAUCCACACAGACUUGCGCGCCUUGCUUGACGAGACGGAGAGCGAGAUCGCCGCGGGGGAGCACAUUGCCGCCGCGUACCGCUUGCGCGACGCAGCCUCGUCUCGCCCGUGGAAUGCGUGGGACACCUCCGACGCCGCCGUCUCCCCCGCCGGCAUCGCCGAGAAGCGGGACGAGAAGUGGGCGUCGGGGGGCGGCGGUCCGCCCGCCGAGAGCACGGAGGUGAGCAGCAGCAGCGAGCCGUCGUCUGAACCGCGGGCGGCAGCAGGCGAGCCCUCGAGCGAGCCCGCUGGCGGUGGAACCGCGGAGGCGGCCGAGCUCAAGUCGGCGCUCGCGGCGACGGCGGAGGAGCUGGCGAACGCGCAGGCCACGAUCCGCGCACUGGAGGCGAGGCUGUCGUCGGCUUGAGCCUCUUCCUGUUGCUCCCUCCUCCCCGCCGCCCCAUGGGCCCGCGGCGCGCCCGUGGGGAGACGGGGAGGAGAGGCGAGGCACGGCCAGGAACCGGCUUUAGAUGGGAGCCUGCUCUCACCGGACACCCCCGCGCGAGCGUGGCCUGUACACCAUGCACACCAGGCGCAGUCCGGCCCCGUCCCCGAGCCGUGACUUGGUCUUGCAUCUUUCGUUUGACGCAAUAAAUUUUGCGUUCUUCGUCUCUAUAUCAUGCAAACUG